CCUACCUUUACCACUCCCUAGCUCUAUUCCUUGCCUCUUUCCCAAUCUCACUGGCAGGCACUGCCGGCCUCCAUCAUCCUCCCCAGUCCCAGUCCCAGAGAGAGGCAGUUCACCCCCAUGUAUCCCGCUGCUGCAGAGAUCACGGCCAGCUUCUGCGCCUGCAGCAGCUCCAGCAGUAGCAGCAGCAGCAGCAGCAGGGUCUGCAGUGCAAACGGCAGCUGCUAGUUCCCCUUCCCCCCAUGAUCUCCCCUACCUUUUCUUGUUCUUGCUUGCCCCUUUUUUUCUUCUGCGCUAGCUGCCGCCGCUUCUUCUUCUUCUUCUUCGUCUUCCUGGAGCUUCCCGCAUCCACACAUGCCCCAAGAACCAGACAAAUAAACUACACAGAACCAUCGGGGGUCUUCUUCUACUACUAUUUCGUUCCAGCGAUUUUAUUUUUAUUAUAUGGAUGUGUGCACAGGUGCAUGUAGAUAGGUAGUAGAAGGUAGAUUAGGCGGCAGCAGCAGCAGCAGCAGCUUGGUUCGUUGCUGGGGGCACGCGAUCGAGUCGAGCUCCAGGAGCCAAGAAGAUUGCUGGGAGGCGCGGCGGGCAUGGAGGAUCUGUACAGCAUCCACCCGGGGAUCUCGCGCGCCGGGGCGGCGGCGGCGGCCAGCGAGGCGUCCGGUGUAGCCGGUGGACCGGGCUCUUCCCCGCCCCCGCCGCCGCAGCCGCCUCCUCCGCCGCCGGCGGAUCUGACGGAGCUGGUCAAGGCGCAGAUCGCCGGGCACCCGCGCUACCCCUCUCUCCUCUCCGCCUACAUCGAGUGCCGCAAGGUGGGCGCGCCGCCGGAGGUGGCCACGCUGCUGGAGGAGAUCGGACGGGAGAGGUGCGCCGCCGCCUCCGCUGGCGGGGAGGUCGGCCUGGACCCCGAGCUCGACGAGUUCAUGGAGGCGUACUGCCGGGUGCUGGAGCGGUACAAGGAGGAGCUGUCGCGGCCGUUCGACGAGGCGGCGUCUUUCCUCAGCAGCGUCCGGACGCAGCUCAGCUCCCUCUGCGGCGGCGCCGCCUCGCUCUCCGAUGAAAUGGUAGGGUCCUCUGAGGACGAACCAUGCUCAGGAGACACAGAGGCGACUGACCUGGGUCAGGAGCACAGCUCACGGUUGGCUGACCGUGAGCUCAAGGAGAUGCUGCUGAAGAAGUACAGUGGUUGUUUGAGCCGGCUGCGGUCUGAGUUCCUGAAGAAGAGGAAGAAAGGGAAGCUACCGAAGGAUGCUCGGUCGGCGCUGAUGGACUGGUGGAACACGCAUUACCGCUGGCCAUACCCUACUGAAGAGGAUAAGGUGAGGCUGGCAGCGAUGACUGGGUUGGACCCGAAGCAGAUCAACAACUGGUUCAUCAACCAGCGGAAGCGGCACUGGAAGCCAUCGGAGGACAUGCGGUUCGCGCUAAUGGAGGGUGUCACGGGCGGCGGAUCAUCCUCCGGGACGACGCUCUACUUCGACACUGGCACGAUCGGGCCGUGAUCACACUCUGACGACAUCAGUUGCAGCAUACAAUUUACUGGGCAUGUAGUGUUUGCAUUGCAGUUCAACUGCAUUGCACUGCACUGCACUGCCAAUGGGGGUAAUUGUUGGUUGAUGAUAUGGAGAUUAGUCACAUGAACGAACCAAUAACCGCUGUCAUUUUGUCGGGAUUUUAUUGUGUAUAUGGGCGACAACGUGUUCGGUACACUGCACACAGUAUGUAGUACUACAAGGGAAGUUGCUGUCCAGUCCAGAUGGCCCUGUAAAGACUCUGUCUGAAAGUACCAUAACAAUUACUUAUAACAUGAAUUGUUUAGUUGCCUGUAUGUA